AUAUAAUAUCUGUUUUUCGUAAUUUUAAACCAACCUCACCUAAAUCUAAACUUAUAGUGUCCUAUUCUUUUUCCAUUAAUUUUUCAUAAUAGAAUGGUAUCACAUCUCAAUUUUUAAUUCAUCUUUAUCAAGUAGAGAGAGAGAGAGAGAGAGAGAGAGCACUCUAAAUAGCAACUCUCCCUAAACUCCAAUCACACUCAUACAUUCAUUCUUCUUCUUUUGGGAACUUUCAGCAGCUAAAUAGUGUCCUCUCUCUCUCACACAAAAGAUGGUUUUAGUAGCUAGCCAUGGCGAAAAGGAUGGAGGAAACCAUGACGCUGCAGUAGAUUUUCAUGGAAAUCCAGUAGAUAAGUCCAGAACUGGUGGAUGGCUUGCUGCUGGGCUAAUUUUAGGGACUGAACUCUCAGAGAGGAUAUGCGUGAUGGGCAUCUCAAUGAAUCUGGUGACAUACUUGGUGGGAGAUCUGCAUAUUCCUUCUGCAAAAUCUGCUACCAUAGUCACAAACUUUAUGGGUACCCUAAACCUUCUUGGCUUACUUGGAGGUUUCCUAGCAGAUGCUAAACUUGGUCGCUAUUUGACUGUUGCAAUCUUUGCAUCCAUAACCGCUGUGGGAGUAACUCUAUUAACACUGGCUACAACCAUCUCUAGCAUGAGACCUCCACCGUGCGACUACCGGAGACAGCAUCUUCAGUGUGUAGAAGCAAACGGCCAGCAACUAGCUCUGCUAUAUGCAGCACUCUAUACUAUAGCACUCGGUGGCGGUGGAAUCAAGUCGAAUGUAUCUGGGUUUGGAUCUGAUCAGUUCGACACCACAGACCCCAAGGAGGAGAAGGCUAUGAUCUUCUUCUUCAAUAGAUUCUAUUUCUGUAUCAGCAUCGGGUCAUUGUUUGCAGUAAUAGUGCUAGUAUAUGUACAAGAUAAUGUGGGAAGAGGUUGGGGCUAUGGAAUUUCAGCAGGGACAAUGGUGAUAGCUGUAGCUAUAUUCCUUUGUGGGACAAGAUGGUACCGUUUCAAGAAACCUCAAGGAAGCCCUUUUACUGUUAUAUGGAGGGUCUUGUUCUUGGCUUGGAAGAAGAGGGGUUAUCCCUAUCCUUCUCAUCCUAGCCUUUUGAAUGAUUACCAAAAUUCUAAGGUACCUCACACAGAGAGAUUCAAGUGUCUUGACAAGGCUGCAAUUAUGGAUGAUAAUGCUUCUGCUGGAGCGAACAAGAACAAUCCUUGGAUAGUAUCCUCUGUAAUGGAGGUUGAGGAUGUGAAGAUGGUACUCAAGCUCAUUCCUAUUUGGUCUACAUGUAUCCUCUUUUGGACAGUCUAUUCUCAAAUGACUACUUUCACCAUUGAACAAGCAACCUUCAUGAACCGAAAGGUCGGGUCCCUCAUUAUUCCUUCUGGUUCUUUAUCUACGUUUCUCUUCAUUAGUAUUCUCUUAUUCACAUCCCUCAACGAAAGGCUCUUCGUCCCCCUGGCUCGAAAUCUCACCCACAAUCUCCAAGGACUCACGAGCCUUCAGAGGAUUGGUAUUGGACUCAUUUUUUCGAUAGUUGCUAUGGUAGCUGCUGCUAUUAUUGAGAAAGAAAGAAGAGAAAUUGCUGUUGAACAUAAUACUAAAAUGAGUGCUUUCUGGCUAGUCCCUCAAUUCUUCCUAGUAGGUGCUGGAGAAGCAUUUGCUUAUGUUGGACAGCUAGAGUUUUUCAUUAGAGAGGCACCAGAGAAGAUGAAAUCAAUGAGCACAGGGUUUUUUCUAAGCACACUCUCAGUAGGGUUCUUUUUUAGUAGCUUAUUGGUGUCUAUAGUUGACAAAGCCACUCGGAAGAACUGGCUAAAGAGCAACUUGAAUCAGGGAAAGUUAAAUAACUUCUAUUGGUUGCUUGCAGUGCUAGGAGUGUUGAACUUUUUUGUUUUUCUCGCGAUUGCUAUGAAACAUCAGUACAAAGUCCAACAGUAUAUUACAAAUGGCAACUACGGUGAAAAGGAAGUUAAACCUUCCAAUGAUUUGAUUAUUUUAGAGAUGGAGAAGCAAAGCAUUGAAGCAAAGGAAGGGCUUCCAAUAUAAUGCUCUCUCAAAUGCCUAUCUAUUGUUAUUGUAGUACUAUAUAAUCAUUUGUUAUUUUUUCCUCUUAAAGUAAUAGAAAACAAAAUCGGUAGUUGCACAUCGCACUUGUUAA